AUGGACAGGCUCAAGGCCACACUGGAUCCGAUCCUUACACCUGUACAGGAGAAAAUAUUCAACGUCCUGAACGAGAAUAUCCUCCCUCAAGUCCAGGACCGUAUCGUCAAUCCCGUCCAUGCCAACAUCAUCAACCCAAUCCACGACAAUGUCCUCCAGCCCCUGGAAAGAAAUGUCAUAUCGCCGAUUGAAAACUUCCUCUCACCCCUGGAGCACCUGGCCAACCGCAUCGCCGACUUCUCGCUCCUCCCAGGGGCCCCAAAGCCGAGGAUCGGCUUCGAGGUGCCCCCCUUUGAUCCGGAUCAGGACUUCAAUUGCACGCAGGCACGCAAACUCUUCGAUAAGCUGCGCGACCAGCUUGGCAGCAACAUGCCCUUCGACAAGCAGAACGGGGCUCAGGAUCCGCUGGGCCAGGCCGCUGCCGGCACCGAGGCUGAGCGUGCAGCCAGGCGCGAGCGCAAGUUCGCCGACUUCGAGAGCGUCCUGACCCACAUUGACUUCGACGCUGUCACCACUGUCGCCGAGGACGUCGCCGUCAUGGCCGGGCUGGCCUCCAAGUACCGCGGCCCAGCGCGUCUGGGCGCCGCCAUCUUCGGUACCCACGUUGUCUGCUACCCGAUCAUCUGGGACGGUGACGACGCGGCCGGCCCGCAGGUGCAGGGAGGGGAGGACGAUCCGGACCGUGCCCGGGGUAAGCAGCGCUGGAUCGUCAAGUUCCCGGUCAACGGCGUCGCGGGCCAGUGGACGGAGCGCGACGCCCGCGCGCUGCGCAGCGAGGUCGGUACCAUGGCCUGGCUCCGGCGCGAGCUGGGCGUCAGCACCCGGCUCAACGUGCCGCGCGUCUACCACUGGGAUGCGUCGACGGGGACGACGACCGGCAACCGCGUCGGGGUCCCCUUCGUCAUGAUGCAGUUUGUCGAUGGCGUCUCGGCCUUCGACGCCUGGUUCACGGCCUGGGAGAAGGGCGGAAACUGGUGGCGGCCUGAGGCGGACGAGGUCCGCAAGGGCAUCUUGGCCCACGUGGCGCUCGCCAUGAGCGAGCUGGGCCGGUUCGAGUUCGACGCAGCUGGCGCGCUGGAAUUCGACGGCCUAGAGGCGCCGUCGAGAGACCCCCGUGGCCGCGAGACCGUCGCCGAAGUCACGGGCAUCGGGCCGCUCCGGGUUCUGGACAUCGAGGCCAUGCUGGACAGAUGGCUAUGCAAGCUCAGCCCCGAUGCCAAGGACGCCUGCGAGCGGACGCCCAUCUACACGGAGGUCGGCCCCUGGAAAGGUGAGGACGCCGAGGAGAGGUACUACACGAGCCGGAUGGACUGCCACUACGUGGGGGAGGACACGGCCUUUGGCGGGACCUUGGUCCUCCGGAGCUACCUGCGGUGGUUCCACGAGAGCGCGCGCGUGCUGGGCCUGGGGUUCGAGGGCGACCGGGUCGAGAAGGGGGUUGUGGGCGAGGGCGCGCAGCGGCGCUGGGCCACGGUGCCGCGGGCGCCGUUCGUGCUCGCGCACCCGGACCUCAGCCUGCACAACGUCAUCGUCGACGCCCGCGGCCGGCUCUGGUUCGUCGGCUGGUCCGGCGUGGCGGCCGUGCCGCGCGCCGUCGGCCACGAGGCCCUGCCGCUGUGGCUCGUCCGCGACUGGAAUCCCUUCGUCCACCGCUGGCGCGACACCGACUGGCCGUGGCGCUACCGCGACCGGCCGUGGGCCGUGAACCAUAACGGCGCCGGCCCCAGGGCACCCGCCGCCCCCGUGCCCGAGCACAACCGCACCGAGGAGCCGCGCUGGAAGCUGCGCGCCUGGCGCGACUACUACGCCGACUGCAUGCGCCAGGCCCGGGCGGCCUGGGGCGCAGCUGAGGCCGAGCAGGAGGCCCGCGAGUGGGAUGCCUGGCUGCUGGAGCAGGCCCGAAUGGCCGAGGCUGCGGAGCAGGACAGCCUCGAGGCGGCGCGGGCGGACCUGUUUGCGCCUCGGGGGAAAGGCGGAGGGGCGAAGGUCAAGGGUAAGGAGAAGGCGGCGGUGAUGGAGGAGAAGGAGGAGGCAAAGAGAGAUGACGAGGAGCAGUGGGAUGAGCCCCGGGGGCGGCCGCGGUACAGACACGGCGAAGAGCCUCCGCCUGCAUCCGCAUCACACAAGCCAGAACGGCAUGUCUCCUUCGCCGCCGGCACCAAGCCCGAGAGCAGCCAGCCACCGCGGAUCGACAGCAGCGGCGACGGCAAGCCCCAGAUGAAUCGCACGCUCCUGUCCCUGCUGCCGCUGACGCUGGUGACGGCGGCCAACGACCCGCGGUGCCGGCCCAUGGCGCUGCAGGAGAUCUUCCACCAGGCGGUGCCCGAGGUGGCGCGGUGGGAGAACUUCGAGCUGGCGCGGGCGCGGGAGCGGGCGGGCGAGGGCCGUGAGACGGUGCCACGCCCCUACGAGGUCGAGGACCGGCGCCUGUUCUACCGCAUGCUGCUCGACGUCGCAGGCGUGUCCCGGGGCCCGGGACGGCCAGUGGAAGCCCGGCUGGGCGGGUACGGGGAUUGA